UUACCGGCCCAGGGGGCUGUGUACCAUGUUCGGUAAGCGCUCGUAUUCGUACCAGACAUAUCUUCGGGUUCGUUCGAUUGCACAAGUGCGUCGUGGCAUUCUACGUAGUCGUAGAUUUGCGUCUCGCUUCUCCCUCGCUCAAAGUGCUUCCGUAGGGCAUAAUCAUUGCAUGCUCUGUGGUAGCGCUUUUCUGCUGCCCGCCUGAACUCAAAGGCUAGACCGAGGGCACACCAAAGAUGGAGAAACAUACAUGAUUCUACUGAGGCCUCGGGAAUUGAAUCAUGUAGACUCUCGACUUCAGCGUUUAUUCGCACAUAGACCAUACCACAUCAUGGUCAUAGAGGUCAGAUUCCGGUCAAAGGCGACUUACGACCCAUGACGUAGUGAUCAUUGCUAGCUGCAUCAAGACUCGUCAGCCUCAGUCUGCAUGCCAAUCGUCAGCCGCCGCGCCCAGUCAUAUGCGCCCGACCAAGUCCUCCGCCAUGUCGUCGACCCCAGCUUGCACCAUCGUCCUCCACGUCGCUGGCGACUCGGACGACGAAUACCCCCAAUCCCCGACGCUGGCGUUCGGCGGCUUCUCGACCUCUAGCGCUUCGUCCUCGACCAGCACCCUCUGCGACCUCGACCCCGAAGACCUCCUCACCGUGCCCGGCGCGGCGCACAAAGAACGCUUCCGCAAAGCCAAUCUCACCAUCGAGCGCCAUCGCGUUCUAGUCAACCCGCGUUUGGCCCGACUCCGGCCAGCAUGGACGACGGCAGAAGAUCCUGACGACGAUCGCAUCAUUCUCGUCCCAAACGAGUCCCUCGAACCAGCCAACAAGCCUGCCCUGGAAGUGGACGCCAAACCCGUGGACAACAAACCCGCCCUCGAAGUGGACAACAAGCUCGACGACGACGAUCGACGGAACCGUUUCCACCGCCCUGGCCAGUCCGAGACGCCCACACCGAGGAGGAAGUCCAAGUCAAACUCCAAGGACAGGAAGAAGAGCUGGGAGCUCCGAAAGCAUGUUUCUUUCUUCGGCGCGAUUGUGACGAUCGUCGUGCUCGAUGCGCUCAUUUUUCUCCUCAGACUCGUUCAUUAGCAGUUUAGAUGGGCGGGGACGACGAUGCGCGCGCAGAAAAGAAAACUCAAGACUCCGGGCUUGUCGUGUGGUAAGGUCGAGCAGCCGGUGCUGGACGCCGGCUGAGAGAAGUCAUGAACCUUGGUGACGCCGGUUGUUCGGUAUCGGUUCUCGGCCGUGUUUCUCUGGACAUUGGACAUUUCGUUUCGGACGUUGCUGCUAUCCUUGUUUCUACAGGUUCGACAGGCCACGGUGUCUCGGUGUUUGCUUUACAGGUUUUUGUGGGGUACGAGGGGUCGGCUCUCUCGUGCUCAUAGUGUGAAGGGGGAGUGGAUGGCAGGUGUGAGGAGGGGGGUGCGGCGUGGUAUCUGGGCGGGAUGCGAUAUAACUUGCAAGCGGUCGAAAGCUCUAGGGGGGCGGCAAUCAGCAACGCCGCCCUCCUCUUGCUGGGAUGGACCAAGCUACUAAGAGCACAUGGACCGUACGUCUGCGUCGGCGAUAAUGCAGCGGCAUCGAGGAAUAGGGCUACGAGCAUCUCGUCACCGCAACCUGACUUGCGCUUCUAAUGCCCUCCUGAUGUACGGGAGGCCUGUUCAGUGGGAAUGGCCAAGACGACCUUGUACGUAUUAUACAGUGGCAGUCGCCGCGUUCUUGAAUGUGAAUGCUUCACGUCAACAGGUCUACGUACCGGACAAAUCUUCUCCUCAUCGCGGACUCCAUCAAGCCCUCUGCCAAGUACGCUUCACGCAAGUUCCUCGGCCUCCUUCCUCCUGGCCGACAGACGAGCUUCAGCCUUGAAGUCCCGUCUGCGCGCGCCCCCGCAAGCCAAUGGCCUGUCGUCCGCGGGUCAGGCUCUAAGUAGGGUGCGAGACCUGUCAGGGCCGACAGUCCGCUACAGGUCUUUCAUACUGCGAGAAGGGGCCCCGGCACCUUAUGUGGCACGGCUCGAACGUUCCGCGUACAGGGCUAGGAUGUUCCAGCUUCGCGCUCGGCAACGUUGUCUGACAACGUGCUUCGUGAGCG